AUGAUCAGUCUCUCAGCGGCAGACUUCUUGAUAUACAGUUUUGAAGACACCAAUGCCGGCGAAGUCUACAAUGCCUUCCUAUUUCUCAAGGGCGAGCCAGACUGUGCCGACGUAUGUGACGGUGAUGGCAAAGGUGGCUGGUUGACCGAAACGGAAGACGCAAGUGAUGGUGGUGCGCGAUGCAAGACGCCCAAAGAAUCGCCAUUCGGAUGCUCUGGCGGCGAGGGCGAGAUCCUAGAGCUGGAAAUGAACAUUAAGGAUGGUAACCCGCCUUACCACUUUACGAUAUACAGUAAGCCUCAGCGUAACUCUUCUUGA